AUGCGUCUUGGAGAGAAGGAUUCUGUGACGGCCAACGGUAACAAUGGGCAAAGUUCGACUUCGCUCCGCGAGUUGACGAGCUUGCCAGAGAACCCUGCAACUAUGGCCACCAGCGAUUUCGUCCUCCAGAUGCGAGAAUUUGUUUCCACGCCGUUCACAGCCGCAUUCAUAGCGGGAGGCAUCGCAGGCGCUGUAUCCCGAACCGUUGUAUCACCAUUGGAACGAUUAAAGAUUCUAUACCAAGUGCAAGACGCAGGUCGCAAUGAAUACAAGAUGUCUAUUGCCAAGGCUCUUAGGAAGAUGUACAGAGAUGAGGGCUGGAGAGGAUUCAUGAGGGGAAAUGGCACAAAUUGCGUACGCAUUGUCCCCUAUUCUGCUGUCCAAUUUGGCAGCUACAGCAUCUACAAACGCUUCGCGGAACCAUCACCAGGCGCCGACCUUGACCCCAUCCGUCGGCUCUUAUGCGGUGGUUUGGCUGGGAUAACAUCCGUUGUCUUCACCUACCCCCUUGAUAUCGUGCGCACGCGUUUGUCAAUACAGUCAGCAUCAUUUGCUGCGCUGGAAAAGCAAGAGGGCAAACUCCCAGGCAUGUGGCAGACCAUGGUCACAAUGUACAAAAAUGAAGGAGGCGUCUUUGGUCUUUACCGCGGCAUCAUACCAACUGUAGCAGGUGUGGCACCCUACGUUGGACUCAAUUUCAUGGUCUAUGAAUCGAUCAGGACCUAUUUCACAGAGCCUGGGGAGAAGAACCCUGCUUGGUACAGCAAACUAGCUGCCGGAGCCAUAUCUGGAGCGGUGGCUCAGACUUUCACAUAUCCGUUCGAUGUGCUUCGUCGACGUUUCCAGAUCAACUCGAUGUCCGGCAUGGGUUACAGAUACAAAUCACUGUGGGAUGCGAUCAGGACUAUCGUCACCCAAGAGGGCGUCGCAGGUCUUUAUAAAGGGAUUAUGCCCAACUUACUCAAAGUGGCUCCCAGCAUGGCAAGCAGCUGGUUGAGCUUUGAGAUUGCUAGAGACUAUUUGGUUGCUCUAGCUCCCGAGAAGGAAGAUCCCCUGUGA